CACGGGUUUACCCCUAUUUUUCGGCUAUCCAUGUAUCCGGCAGUUUGUUUCAGCAUAUACCUUCUUCAUACGUAGGACUAUCACGUUGUGCAUUUCUGACGAAUAUUGCAGGCCCACCCGAGUAACCGGAUUAUGAACAUUGUCCCUAUUUUGGGCCGAAAGGACAUUCUGUGGGACCCACGGCAUUUGGCCCAGCUGUGCAUUCGGAGGCCUUCAGUUGCAGGAACGUACCUGAAAAGGAUUGCCCAUCAUGACGACAAUCGACUACAUGCAAUGUGCGAUGGAUACCACCGUACAGGCGAUGGUUCUCGGAAGCCCUGCAGUUCAGGCGGGCAUCAAAGAUAUCUGCACUGAACAAGCCAUGCCUGUACUCGACGAGUAUGCAUCAUUGUAUGGCAGCACAUCUAUUAUGGUUGGCUUUACCUUGCCAUUGAUUGCACUAGGUGUAUCGGUGGCCCUUUAUCGCAUCUUCACGAAGCCUAGCGUUAGAGGCGGGAUACUGUUGUUUGCCAUGAUGCUUACAGUUGUCGACUCCGGGACGCUGGUGGCUGGAAAAAUCUAUACCCCUUCAUGGAUUGCCUCUCAUUCCGACACCUACAUUUCUAUGCUGAUGAUUGGCCCAGCCCUUCGCAAUGGGUUUGUGCUCAUCGCUGCAAGUAUGAGAUUCUCAGUCGUCUAUACGUCCGUCACACGUCAGAGGAUCCUGAUCGGCUUCCUCUCGUUCAUCGCCUUUCUCUCCAUGGCCUUGCCGCUCGGGCUCGGUUUCAAAGAUCUCAGAGGUCAAGGUUGGGUCGGGAAAGCGUACUGGUAUGCGAUCAUGAUCGGUCCGAUCGCAUAUAUCGUUGCCGGUAUCGCCACUUUCACCGCCAAACUGCGAAGCACCCAGCGCCGAGUGGCAGGCGGUGGCGGAGGGAAUAGCCGAAUUGGUAGCUUGGAGACCGCGAACAAUCUUAUUAUGGGGUUCGGCAUAGCCGCCUGUCUGGUGACAAUCUCCGUGGGCCUCGCGCUGGAUACUACAUCCCUGGUAGUCAACGAUAACAUGUAUGUCGCGCCCACCGCGUUUUUGGCUGGCGCCUGCUGGACGGUGUGCGAGAACUGUUUCGAGGGCAUUACCAUGAUCCAAAACGCCUUUUCGCAACGCUCGAGACAUGUCCCGUCCCACGUAAAUUCCUCGUCCAAACAAGUUGCUGGAACCGGAGCCUUGAACUCUCUAAACGCAGCCAGCAACAGGAAGUUGCCUUUGCCUUCUCCCUGA